CCUACCGGAAGUUUAAUAUUUAUCCAAAAGAAACUUAAACUUCUGUGACCUUUAUUGAAGAGCGUUCAUUUACUAGGCAAUGUCACUGACUAACAGAUUCACAAUGGCUACUUCUUUAGUUAAAUUUUCGACUGCAUUAAGGGCCACUGGUCCUCUACAAAAUAAAUUGUUUGCUUCUUUGUAUACACCUUCAAGAAAUUAUGCCAGUGGAAGUGACACAGACUUAGUUGUGAUUGGCUCAGGACCUGGUGGAUAUGUGGCAGCAAUUAAAGCUGCACAGCUUGGUUUAAAAACUGUAAGUGUUGAGAAGGCCGACACUCUUGGAGGGACAUGUCUGAACGUCGGCUGUAUUCCAUCCAAAUCACUGUUAAACAAUUCUCAUCUUUAUCACAUGGCUCUUCAUAAAGAUCUCACUAAUCGUGGCAUUGAAUUCACAGGUCUUAAGCUGAACUUAGAAAAAAUGAUGGAACAAAAAAGGAAUGCAGUGAAAGCACUGACUGGUGGCAUAGCACAUUUAUUCAAAAAGAACUCGAUCACCCACUUGCAAGGGUUCGGCAGGAUUACUGGUCCUAAUGAAGUGACAGUGACCAAGAAUGAUGGCAGCAAAGAGAAAGUAUCAACUAAAAAUAUUCUGAUCGCUGUUGGCUCAGAAGUAACACCUUUUCCUGGCAUUGAGAUUGAUGAAAAGAAAAUUGUCUCCUCCACUGGUGCACUAAGUCUAGAAGCUGUCCCCAAACAACUUAUAGUCAUUGGAGCUGGUGUCAUUGGAGUAGAACUGGGAUCAGUGUGGCAAAGGCUAGGUGCUGAUGUCACUUGUGUGGAGUUUCUUGGUCACGUUGGUGGUAUGGGCAUUGAUAGUGAAGUGUCCAAAACGUUCCAGAGGUCGCUGACCAAGCAAGGCAUGAAAUUCAAGCUCAACACUAAAGUUCUCAACGCUGUCAAGUCAGGGGACACUAUCACUGUUAGUGUUGAAGGAGUGAAGGAUGGUAAAAAAGAAGAGCUCAAGUGUGAUACAUUGCUGGUUUGUAUUGGACGUAGACCUUUCACUAAAGACAUUGGUUUAGAGAGUGUGGGCAUUCAGCUGGAUAAACAAGGAAGAGUUCCAGUCAAUUCACGUUUCCAGACUUCAGUGCCCAGUAUCUAUGCCAUUGGGGAUUGUGUUCAAGGUCCAAUGUUAGCCCACAAAGCUGAAGAUGAAGGUAUUGUGUGUGUUGAAGGAAUCUGUGGCGGAGCUGUUCACAUUGACUAUAACUGUGUCCCGUCUGUUAUUUACACUCACCCAGAGGUAGCCUGGAUAGGAAAAAAUGAAGAACAACUGAAAGAAGCAGGUGUAGAAUAUAAAGUUGGUAGUUUCCCUCUGACAGCCAACAGCAGAGCUAAAUGUAACAAUGACACUGAUGGCUUCAUGAAAGUUUUAGCAGAUAAGAAGACUGACCGACUUCUGGGGGCACACAUUAUUGCUUCAUGUGCUGGAGAGUUGAUCAAUGAAGCUGCACUGGCCAUGGAGUAUGGUGCAUCCUGUGAAGAUAUUGCUAGAGUCUGUCACGCUCAUCCUACUGUGGCAGAAGCAUUCAGAGAGGCCAAUAUUGCAGCAUACGCUGGUAAACCAAUCAACUUUUAAUGUUCAACUCUGACAGCUCAUCACUUUCUACAAUCAGAAAUUAACUCCCUUCCUCUCAUUGAUGUCAGGGCUCAAGCUCUAAAGAAAUACAUUGUCCCUUUCGUAAUGUCAUGAUUUGAUUUUAUGAUCUGAUCCUGAAUCAUAGUAAGCUCAGCUCGAUCUUUUACGAUAUUAGUAGACUUCACUACUGAAUUGUUAGUGCCGUAUUGUUAAUACAAAGUUCAUUUGAAGUAUUUUUCUCAAACAAAAUGUGUGAAAUGAGUUGAACUAUAUUGUAUAUUUGAAAUAAGUUCAUCCAAUGUAUGUUUGUACAGCUGGUGAACUUUGUUCUGUCUGAUUGUAUCCAUAUAAUUUAUAAUAGAAUUUAUUUUCUUAGGUAUGUAAUUCUAAAUAACAGAUGUGUAUGUCUUGUACAAAUGUUUGCUGCUAUGAGGGUCAAUGAUUUGACAAAUAAAUGUGUACCACUCAUUGAUAAUAGAAUUAAUUAAAGAAACUUUUUGUUUCCUUUUUUUU